GCCGGCUCGAUCUUGUCAAUUCUUCUCAGUAUUGUUUGGUGUUUAGUGAUAAGUGCUGGCGGAAAACAUGGAUAAAUUAGCUGAGACUCCUCCUCUGAUAAGCUCCGCUGAGCUGGUGGACCAAGCUGUCGCCGUGGUGUUCAAGGAUGGCCGCUCCCUGUCUUUCGAGGACUGCUGGCUGCGCGAUCAAUGCAGAUGCACUACAUGUUACAACCACACGACUUUCCAGAGAGCUACGCAUAUUCUAGACAUUCCUGACUCGAAAGUGGCAAAAAUCGUUUUUGACCCUUCUCAACUAUCUUUGACCUGGAAUGACGGCCACGAAUCCAGCUACGCCGCGGAAUUCCUGUCCGAAUUCGACUACGCAACGUGGAAGGACAAGUCACGCCUGCGGCCGGUGCUGUGGCGCGGCGCCGACGUGGCGUGUCGAGUGGCGCGGGUGCCUGUCGAUAAGUUUCUCAACUCUGUGGACGCGCAGAAGAAAGUGUUUCAGUCGUUGUUGGAUUAUGGGGUUGUGCUGUUCGAAGGGGUGGAACCGACCCUCGACGCCACCGAAGCAAUCUGCAGCGCUCUGGGCGGCGUGCAGCACACGCUGUUCGGCGGCAUGUGGCGCUUCAGCAGCGGCCAGCAGCGCGCGGACACCGCCUACACCAGCCUGCCGCUCGCCGCGCACACCGAUAACACCUACUGCACUGAGGCCGCUGGCCUCCAGAUCUUCCACUGCCUGCAGCACUCGGGCGGCACCGGCGGGGAGACAGUCCUGUCUGACGGCUUCUUCGCCGCGUCCCAGCUGAAGGCAGAUCACCCUGAGGACUUCACCUUCCUCAGUACCUUCCACCUGCAGGCUGAGUAUGUGGAGCCGGGACACCAUCACGCCUGCUCGGCUCCCGUGAUCAGUGUGGAUGAGAGGACUGGCGAUUUGAAGCAAAUCAGAUACAACGUCUACGAUCGUUCCACAAUGGCGUUUUCUUCUGCAGAGGAAUGUAGAAGCUACUACAGAUCUCUGAGGUCCUUCGCCCGGUAUUGCGAAGAUCCGAAGAACCAGUGGAUUUUUAAGUUAACACCAGGGCUCGUCCUAGCCUUCGACAACUUCAGGGUGCUGCACGGGCGGACGGCGUUCACGGGCGAGCGGGUGCUCGGCGGCAGCUACGUGGCGCGCUCCGAUUGGCUGGACCGCGCGAGGACGUUGAAACUCAUACAUUAACAACUGGCCUAAUAAUAAAAUAAUGAAUUUAUUAAAUAAGUUA